UAACCGACUUGGAUUUUAUAUUCGCGCUGAAAUCAUGAUUGUAUUACGUUUGGAUAGUAUUAUUGUAUUUCUUAUGUCAAGUGUUCAUAUUGCAGCUGCAUGCGAGAUUGGCGCGUAUGACAAAUGUCCGGGUUGGGAUCCAUGUGAUAAAAGUUGCGGAGGUCGGCAAUGCCGAACAUGCGAGUCGUGUGUAUGGAGCGCUCACAAAAGAUUUUGUCAAAACUGCAAUGAAUGGUGUUACAACGGUCACCGAUUUAUAAAUGGACGUUGCCAGUGUCCUAACUGGCGCUACGGCGACUGCUGUGAAACCUGCAUACAUAUCUACAUCCCGCAUUGUGUCUCUGGACAACAACAAUGUGGCGGGUCCCCGGAUGGAAUCAUGUGUACCCAGUGCGAGCCUGGAUAUCAUUCAGGGGGAUAUAACCAAGGCUGCCUAGAAACUGAUGAAUGCGCUGCGGGAACGUCAGGCUGUGCGCAACAAUGUACUAACACCCAAGGGUCAUACGUUUGCAGUUGCUUGCCAGGAUAUUGGUUAUGGACGGACAAACAUACCUGCAUUGAAACUGACGAAUGCGCUGCGGGAACGUCAGGCUGUGCGCAACAAUGUACUAACACCCAAGGGUCAUACGAAUGCAGUUGCUUGCCAGGAUAUUGGUUAUGGACGGACAAACAUACCUGCAAUUGUGACAACUGCACGUUCGAAUCUGAUUCCACGUGUGCAUGGACUGACGUCACUUCCGGUGAUGAUUUUGACUGGACACUAACUUAUGGUGCACGGGGUAAAUAUAUGUACAUCGGGACUAGCGGUUCUAGAAAAGUAGGCGAAACAGCUUGGCUGACAAGCCCUAUGCUUCGCCCUACGGCCUUCACGGAAAGAUGCCUUAUGUUCGGGUACAACAUGAACGGGCCAUCCAUUGGGUUAUUGAGUGUGUACAUGACCGCGCAUGGUGAGAAGCCCGGGCCUUUACUAUGGAGAAUGUCCGGUGACCAAGGACAGGAGUGGAAAGGUGCUUCAGUAAACCUGAGCUCCCUGGAGCAGUAUCAGGUCAUUAUUGAGGCGGUAGUUGGCAACAGCUAUUUUGGAGACAUCGCCAUUGAUGACGUUGCGAUUCUUCCGACAGCUUGCCAGCAGGAGAAGGGAUUGCUGAUUGGCUGAGAGUCAGGAUUUUGAAUCGUUAAAGAACAAUCCUUUUAAUACGUCAUUCAUUCGUUUUGUUUUUGUUUGUGAUAUAUAUCCGAAACAUAUAAGCCUAUAUCAUGGAAACUAAAUACAUAAUUACUGUUGUUUUACCUUGCUUAAAUGUAUUGCAUUAUGUGUGCUUCAACUGAUUGUGUGCAAACCUUUUGGGAAUUCACGCUUACAAGAACCAAUAAUUGAGGAGUAAUUGAAAAUGCCAGAACUCGGAUGUUAUAUGAACAAGUUUUGUCCACGACUUUGAAGAUCAUACUUAGUAGUGUGCCUUACAGUACUGUAUCAUACCUUAUUUGACUAGCCAUUGUAAAAUGUCCAUAUACUUGCGUGCGACAAUUUAUAUUAUAUAUAUCUGACGUGACCAGUCUGUUCAUUUUUUCCAUUGAACAAAAGUAAGGUCACAGUGGACCAUUUUGUACAAUCUCCCUUGAGUCGAGCUAAACAUAAAACACAUGAUAACCAAAUUUGAAAAAUGAGAAGCUUUAAUGUGCAAGCCUUUAAUCGGUUUCAAAUGGAAAAGUAUGGGGUAAAACUGGAAACGUACUAAAACAGUAGGAUUAACAGGCAUUAUAUACAUAUCUAUUUAUCUUUGAUAUUAAUAGCUUACUUUUAUUGAGGAUCAUUCGUUAUGAAUUAGGACCAAUACUGUAAAUCUGUAUGACGUUUUAUGACCAGAGUUGAAUCAGUUUAAAGCCGCAAUUCCUCAUCAGACGGUCUAUAGUUGAAUCAGUUACAAUUACCUUAAUGUUCUAUUUAAAGCGAGUAUGCACGAUUUUGUCAAAUAUUUAUGAAUGAAUAUAAAAUGUGUAAAAAACUUAUUAAACAUAUAUAUUUCAAUAUAAAUUAAAUUUAAAGUUAAGAAGAACAUAUGUCGAAAAACGCGAAUUAAGCCAGAUAUUGAAUUCUGAAAUCAAAAAUGUCUGUAUAGUCGAAUUCACCAGCAUGUAUAUCAUGCAUGUACGUUGUGAAUCUAAAUUAAGUUGUACCGAUUAUUUUAAUUUCCUGCAACGAUAUCUAUUCAUACGACACACGAACACUUCGAUCCUAAUAAAAAGACGAAUGUUUCGGUUAUUGUAGGAAAAUAUGUUCGAAAUAUUUUCGUCAUAAUCAGCUCGGGGCGCUAAUUUGUCUUUGCUGCAUUUUAUGAAAUUCGUCUUCAUUUUAUAAUUUUUCUUGCCAAUUUUGUGUUAUUGUAGCAUAUUAUUAUCAAUAUAUUGCAAUUUAACACAUAAACAAUCGUGCAUGCUCGCUUUAACUUAAUAAUCGGUUGUCGUUUAUGUCGAUAAUUCAAACUUAUUGAAACUCAUUGUGAAUGCCUUUUUAUAGCAUAACGUGUAGCUACAACGUUUGAAUGUUUGAUAUCAUGAAAAAUAUAAAUCACAUACGUGUAAAUAGCUGAUAUUAAAGUUGUGAUUUCAACGGGUUUAACUUCCGAGUCCGUUGGGUGCAAAAUCGAUCGCGCUAACCAUUUUGCCAGUCAUACAGUAAAGACACAGGAUCGUCUCUUACAUAAUCAACUCCAGUAUUUUGCACUUUUCCGUAUUGCCCGACUUACGAGUCUUCUGGGUACGAUGAUACGAAAUAUUUCUGGUGACAUGGUCAGUGAACUCGAUAAAAAAAAUACUCAAACGAAUCCAUCAUAUUCAAAUAUAAUAUGGUAUCGAAUUGAAGGAAUUUCAAGUGUUACCCAUCAUAUUUUACUAUGAUCGGCGAUCAGGCUUUUCGAUACGUACAUAUUGAUUUCUUAUCUUCUUUCAUCAUUUUUUUUCGAGUGUAUGGAAUCCUCAAGCAGAGGUUAAUGCAAUUAAACCACUAUAUGUUACACACACUUUAAAAACAUGUAAAUGUGUCCUGAUUGUGUAACUUUCAAAUUAUAGCAUAAUGUUGUUAAUUUAAUAGCACCGUGGACAGUUGAACAGGUGGUUACACAAUACAUGAACUAUUGAAUUUUAACAUAUCCUCAUAUUAAACUAUUAACUAUGACAAACUAAUUAUUGUUCUUCCUGAUUCGGCAAGAAAGAUACAAUUUAUAAACCAACUGACACUGUGCAAUCCAAGUCCGACGAAAAGGAAGAUUACACAAUAAAAAAGAUCUCAAAGUGAUAAUUAUUGUAUAACAUGUCUUUUUCUUGGCAAAUUGGUUAAUUAUAAUUAUUCUAGGAUGCUCAACAACGAAUGCUUACUAUGUGAUAAUAAAUUGUGCGAACAUUAAAUCGGACUAAAUCGUUAUCCUUAUUGUCUGGUAGGUUCUAUGUGUUAAUGACGUGUAUUUACCGGUUACAUAUUUGUGUACAUAAAUUUCUUUGAAACGUUCAUGACUUACUGAAAAUAUCAUUUUAAAUAACUCUUUAAUAAACUCUUCUAACCUGACCAACAAACGGGAACUGAAAAUGCAUUGUAGGGCAUUAAUUUGCGAGCACUGAAUAUUAAAUCACGACGUAAGUGUCAGUACAAUCUACGGAUUCCACGCAUAAGAAAAUGCAUACUGUUUGUACAAAUUUAAGUUCUUUCCCUUGCAAAAAAGGACAUCCGGUAAUAAAGCAGCAUUUUAAUUGUCGCUUUUAUAUCUGGCAGGAAGGCAUAUGAUUCCCCUCAAUUGACCUAGCUUCCAGAAGGGAAAGGAAAACGGCAAUGAAAGAAAUGUCCCAACGGUUGCAUUUAACGUUUAGAUGCGGUAACUACUGCUUUUAAUAUUGCUAUGUUGUAUUACUAUUUAUUGCAAUAUAAUGUAUACGAACUUGAUCGAUUGCUUUUACUAAGACCCCGUUGCUUUUAAUUUAUUUGCGAAAUACAUUUUACUACUAAACAAUAGGUGAUUAUCUUGUUAAAUAUGUUUAAUACAGGUUGUAAAAAGGUCAUUUCCGAAUAUAACUGUAAAACAACACAGCUCAACGUGCACUCAUGAUCAAAUAUAUGUUUGACAGUUAUAUAGCCUGAAUGCCCCACAAUACAAAUCUAUUAAUAUAUGAAGCAAGUCUGAAACUUUAGCAAGUCAGUUUAAAGGUGUGAAUACUAAUUCCGGCUAUAUUUAUCUGUUACAUGGUUUAGCCUUAAUGGUCUUGAGCACAAACUGUUAAUUUGAUUUUGAUACGUUUUCGGUCGCGGAUCGUAAAAUCUACUGUUUUUAUGUAAACGAUAUAGUUGAGAUGUUUUGAAUUACAUUUAAGUUAUCAUAUCUGCUCUUUUUCGUUCAUCUACUAUCGUACAGCCGUGUCGAUUAGAGGCAUGACAUUGUUUAAACGAAUUAUGAAUAACUAUCGAAUAUCCAUAUUAAAAAAAACACGAAUUGAUUGAAAGUCUCUUUUGGGCAAACAUCAUGCCCUUGCGGGAAACGUGUACAGUGUAUAAGGAGAAAUCUAUAGUAGACAUGGGUGAUGCAAUAUAGGUUAUUUUCCUUUUUUUGUAGAAAUUGAAUUUCAUGUAAAUCCGCUUAAAUAUUACUGAUCAUAUAGCUAUGAGAAUUAGCAUUGUCCGAACAGAAAUAGACAUAGCUAAAGUGACCAUAGAUAUGAGAACAUGACGUCGGAUAUUUCGAGAAUUUCUCGAAAAAAGGUAAAACUUAUAAAACUUAUACAAAUGGAUAAAAAAUUACAUAAGUUGUGCUAUUAGAUUAUUCCAUUAUGCAGGAGAUUAGUGUAUGCAGCAAAUUAGGUGCGUUCAUGCAUGCACAACUAAUUUGUACCUAAUUGAUCAAAUGACCUGGUUACUAUGAUCCUUUUUUAAACAUGACCGCAUUAUUUGAUCUGGACAUUAUUUGCUGAUGUUGAUGUCUGUGUUAAUGAUUAUACACAAUUGUGUACAUUCGUGGUAAUGUUGUUAGACUUUUCUGUUUUUUAUAUUGUGUUAGUUUCAAUGCAAACUAUUACUAGCUUUUUUUUGUUCCUCGCGUACAUCGUUGUAGUGAAGUGUGGUAUUUUAUAAUAUUCAGUGAUAUAGGAGUACUAUUGAACUUUUAUUGAUACAGAUAAAUAAAUAAUAUGAAGAACAUAAACAAUUAAAAUUAAAUUAUCAGAAAUGCAACUUAUUUGCUACAACUAUUUAUUAGUUGUAAAAUUAACAUUAUAUAUACAUAUAGUUCAUACUGUUUUAUUAAAAAAUUAUAGUCUUAUUAUUUUUACAUGAAUGUAGUGUUUUGCCACAGUAUGAACAUUUGUAUUUGUAAACAAUGAAAUUGACAUUACUUUUGUUGAGUUUAUGUUUAUACGCAUAGUUCAGUCGUGGUUAUAAAUGGUAUGGGACCUUGAAAAGAAUUAAACAACACUUGUAAACCCUGGAUCGUAGGCAUACACUUGUACGAAGCAGGGUAAUUGAAAGGGAAAUUUUGUUGUAUAUGUUCAAUUUUAUGUGUUAAUAUGUCAUUAUAAUAAUUGUACAUUCACUUCGUUUAUAACAAGUCAUCGUAUGUAUGUACUAUCUAUGUGUGAAAAUGUAUAGUUGAAAAUCAUUUAGGAAUUAUAAAAUUGACCAUUA